GGAGCUGGGGAGCUCCAGCCAAGCAAACCCCCAGGCUGCAGGCCUAGUUAAGGACACACAAAAGGUCUUCGGAAAUAUCUUCUCGGAGGUACAGAGAAGAUCAUUCCUCAAAACAGCAACUCUGGCCAUCUGCAACCCCCUGCUCCAGAUCAGCCAGGCUGGGCUGGUCCUAACCUACUCCAUUCUGGGGGAAGCCGAUCAGCUGAUGGGUGAUGAGCUGUCAAGAAGAAGCCAAAUUAUGCUAACCUACAUGAGGCAGUGAAAGCCGGUGAUGUAGAACAACUUGCAUCAAUGGUAAAAAGCGGAGCCAGUAUUAAUGAGGUGGAUUUAGUCCAUAAAUUUACACCUUUGCACUGUGCAGCGCACUCUGGAAGCCUGGAGUGUCUUCACUGGCUGCUCUGGCAUGGGGCUGAUAUAACAGCUUUAGCUAUAAGAGACUGGACAGCAGCUCACCUUGCUGCUAUCAGAGGUCAUGAUACUUGUAUGCAGGCCCUUGUAAUGAAUGGAGUAAACUUAACAGCUCAAGAUGACCGAGGAUGCACUCCGUCACACCUAGCUGCAGCCCAUGGACAAUCAUACACUUUACAAACCAUACUCCGGAGUGGAAUGGAUGCAAAUGUUUCAGAUAAGAAUGACUGGAAGCCAGUUCAUUAUGCUGCUUUUCAUGGCCGCUUGGGUUGUUUGCAGCUUCUUAUUAGAUGGGGAGCUACUGUAAAUGACGUGGAUAACAAUGGAAAUCUUCCAGCUCAUCUGGCAGCAAUGGAGGGCCACCUGCAUUGUUUUAAGUUCUUGGUUAGUAAAAUGCCCAGUGUGUCUCACACCUUGAAAGCUAGGAAUGACCAUGGGGAGACCCCAAAGGACUUGGCACAGAGGUUCUAUAAGGAUAAUAUUGUACAGUACAUCGACGGCGUGGAACAUGAGAGAGAUCAUCCAGAAGAACAGGAAAAUUUAGCAUUUCCAGGUCAUGUUGCUGCCUUCAAAGGGGACUUGGUGACACUUCGAAGAUUAGUGGAAAGUGGAAUCAUCAAUAUUAAUGAGCGGGAUGAUAAGGGAUCCACUCUCAUGCACAAAGCUGCUGGACAAGGACACAUAAGCUGCUUGCAAUGGUUGAUUGAUAUAGGAGCUGAUUGUGACAUUACAAAUGAAGCUGGAGAGACUCCAAAAGACGUAGCCAAAAGAUUCGCCCAGUUGGCAGCUGCGGAGCUUUUGAGACGGGCAAUGGGAGACGAUUCUGAUGAAGAAAUAGAUGACAACGAUGAAAGGUUUUUCGACAGACAUGGUGUGGAAGGGAGCACAGACACCACGGAAGAUUUAAUUCCAGAUGAAGCAAAAAAAAGAGACGCCCGCAUCAGAGCCUACCAAAAGAUUGAAAAACUUCGGCAACUUCUAGAAAUUGCCUACAGCAACUACAAACAGCUGGGAGGAAUAACUGUAGAGGAGAGGAAGAAGAAGAAAGAAGAAAGGGAGGCUGAAAAGAUGGUUAGAGAACUGGAGGCCCAGCUGGAAUACGAGCGAGUCCGUCGAGAGAAGCUGGAGCGUCAGCUAGAUGAAUACCGAGCAGAGACAAGCCACCUUAAAGAGUGUCUGGAGAAACUGCAGCUCACACCCACCAUCUCAGGGAUGAGUGUCUGCCCUCAGGAAGGCGAGGCUGCCUCUAAUUUAGGCAAAGAGAAAAAGAAAAUGAAGAAAAAGCCACCAGGCAGCCCCGGCGGAGUGUUUGUAAGACGAUACUGAGGUGCGAAUUGAGAGUUGCUGUUUUGUAUCCAUCUUGUCAGAUUGACAGAGUUAGAGAAGGGUGUUCACACAGGAAAUGCAACGCUAAGAGUGACAGGACAGGGCCAUAUCAGACAAUAUUGCCAUGAGCUAAACUCAUGCCAAGCACGGGUUAACUUUCAGGGAGGAAUAAAAGGUAUCUAUGUAAGUCACAUUCUGAUAUUUCACUGGAGGGAGUGGAAAUGUUAUGUAAUAGCACUACCUUGACACUUGUAGAAGACAACCCUCAAGAUACUACAGAAGCGUGCAUAUAGUAUAUUCACAGCUUAAUGCUGUACAUCACGUAUGGUUUCCGAUCUUUGUAGUUUUAACUAGCUAUGUACCAGUUUCUUUGCUUAAAGAUAAAUCUUAUUGUGGAAAGAGACACUGUUUUCUGCAAUGGUGAUUUUUUUUUCCUUUUUAUACUGGCACAGGGUAGUGACUGAUUAGCAAGUCAUAGAGGGUAAAAUUUUCAAGAGCGCUUAAUUUUUCAGAAGUGAGCUAGGCUCCUAAGGCCCCUGGACUUUCAAUGAAAAUUAGGAGCUUUUGAAAAUUUUAUCCAUAAUAAGUGGUUUUCAUCAUAUACUCAGAAGAGAUAAAUGCGUUAAGUACUUCUGCAGAGACUUGCUGUAACUGAACCUCCAGCCCAAGUAUUCUUGUUUAUCCAAACUCUUCCAUGUCUUUCACUAAGACAUGGACAUUGACAUCUUUCAUGUGUCACUUAUAUGAAAAAGUGAUUCAAAUGACAGAAGGAAAAGAGACAGGGCAACUAUAUAAUGACCAUAUAUACACCCUACAAAUACCUGCUUGUGUAAAUAAUCCAACUCCUCACGUGGUCAUCACUUAACAGCAAACUCCCUUACGCUGAUUUCAUGCUUAAGGAUACGUUUUCAGUUAAAGAGGACAAAGGAGUUGACAGUUUUACUAUCCAGACCCUGAGACACACUCAGGACCAAAUUACAGCUGUGUAAAAAACACUGAUACCAACAAGAAGUAGAAGAAUUUGGCCCUUGGUCGUGACUGUGCUGCAUUUGCAAUACUUUAAUCCAAAGCGUCACAUAAAGUAGUUAUACUUCGGAAUAAAUUAAAACGUUCAUAGAACAAUCCUGACUUUUGGCUGAUCUGUACAGAGGUAUUAAAUAUAAGCUCAGAUUUCACACUACAAAUGAAUUAAAUGUAGCAGGGAUAUGCUCAGAGGUUCUUCCUCUCAAUCUCUUGUGAAAAUCCUGCGAUCAAACUUUAGGGAAGGUUAGGGUGAUUUCUCUGCAUUUGAGGGAGUUCCCUUUUCUGACUCAUCACCCCACGCUGAUAGUAUUUUUCCUCAGGGGUCAUCAAAAUACUUUCAGAGAGAAAAUCUUUUGCCCUUUGAACACAUCAUAUUACAUCAAAGGGCAGGUAUUUUCCAAAAUAUUUUCUGCAGUCCUCCCACAACUCUACAACCUACAGCCCCCUCACCCAAACUUAGUAUAAGAAGCCAAAAACUGGACACUAUUACCAAUAUACUUAGAAUAGUUUUCAGGAACAAAUAUAAAGAAACCACACACACACAAACUUCCAGCAAAUGCAUUUAAUACAGCGGUGUUGCCUCCUCCCAUGGUUAGUUAGGAGAAAUCAGCUUUGUUUGAAUGGGAAAACAAACGUAUAGGCUCCCAGUCCCUAAUGGCCAAGGAUAUACUUGCCCUGGAUGCAAGGUUCAUCACAGGCUAAGGGGAAGUUUUGGGGAGAGGCCCUUGUAGCACAUAGCAGCAGCAGGUCAGGAAGAUGCACCAUAAAACAUAGGCUCCAAGCAUACGACUAGCUGCCCAAUGACUCACAUUGACGUCAACACUUUGCUGGAAUGGCCAUUUAUUUUGCAAAAGUAGGAUGAGCAGUGGAGAAAGACCUUUUAAAUUUAACUCAAGCCCUCCAUAUACAAAGAUACUGCAGAAUCAAGAAAGAAAGAAGCCAAGAAAACACAACUCUGAAAGCUGAGGGAAGCUCGUGAAUAAAAUAAGAAGUUCUCUGACCGAAAACAUACAAUAAUCAGACAGAAAAUUCCAAACAACUAAUGCUCCCUAGAUCCCAAUUUACCCCUGCAGCCAUUAAGCCUAAGCCUACCAUCAAGCUGUUCUCAAAACUUACAUUGGUUUUAAUGAGAGUGCUGCACAUGCAAAUGAGACACAUUCCAUUCAACAAAACACAUACUUCCACAGUAGGAAUUUACUCAAUUCCAUGCAAUUAGGGAAGACUAAAAUGAUUACGAAGGGGGAACAAAGAAUAAAAGAAGUGUUGCCUUUCACGUGAGAAACAGUCACGUAAUGGGGAGGGAUAUUUAAGGAACAGGAGGUGAUGAUUCCUCUAUUUUGAGGAUUCUUUGGGUAAUAAAGAUUAUAGGUCAAUUUCAGAGGAGAGUCUAACUUGGAAUAACUUGCCCUUUCUUCCAGAUGCCUUAAAUUCAGAUUCCCUUAUGCCCAAUUCAGACAUGUAACUAUCCUUUCUUACAGUAUGUCAGUUUGGCAGAUACCAAAUCUUAAAACUGAUCAGCCAUUACUGAGGAGCAGGUAAUGACAGGGGGAAAUGCAACUCCUGGGUUCUACCUAUUGAGAGCAAAUGAAUCAUGAUCUGUGGAAGAGAACUGCAGAUGUGAUUACCAGUCAUUUUUGGUGUCAAAUAUUUGUGUAGUAUUCAUCACUGCAAAGAGCCCUUUGUGGAUCAGUUAGAAGUGGAUGCUGCAAACGGAAAUGGUUGAGGUACACUGGAAGAUGAAUACUAUAAAUAGGGGUCUACCAAAUUCACGGCCAUGAAAAUCAAGUCAUGUACCAUGAAAAUCUGGUCUCUGGCUGCCCAGUCUGAAGGGAGAGUGGAGAGCAGUGGCUGCUGGCCGGGC